AUGUUCAGCUCUCACGUGAAAGGAGAGAAUGCGCUUAUCGGCGGCUAUUGUGUGAGUCUCCUCUUUGAUGAAUAUUUGGAAAAUUUAUUAGUCCCUACCAUUAUUUUCGAUAAUACGGCACGUGGUAGCAGCGAGGCUGUCUCACAGACGAGUCCUGCGAGCAGUACGAGCAGCUCCAGCGUGAGUCAGGCGAGCCAACAAGUGUCCCAGGUGAGCCAAACUCACCAGCAAUCGGCCCAGAGUCAUCACCAUCAUCAGGACAUUCAAAUGGGCAUCUCCACUGACGAUGUGAGGCCCGAAGACGAUGGUCUGCAUCCAAGGGCGGCUCCAACGAGUCCCGAGAGUGAAGCCGAGGUCGAUGACUUUGCACCCAAGAGAAAACAGCGCCGAUAUCGAACGACAUUUACCAGCUUUCAGUUGGAGGAACUCGAGAAGGCCUUCUCCAGGACACAUUAUCCCGAUGUUUUCACCAGAGAGGAACUUGCCAUGAAGAUUGGUUUGACGGAGGCUCGCAUUCAGGUAUGGUUCCAAAAUCGCCGAGCAAAAUGGCGGAAGCAGGAGAAGGUGGGCCCUCAAGGUCACCCGUACAACCCCUAUCUGGGAGCCGGCGGACCUCCGCCAUCGGCAGUGGUGGCGCCAACAUUGCCGAAUCCAUUCGCCCACCUCGGCUCGUUCGCGCUCCGGAAGCCCUUCGACACCUUCCGCUAUCCACCUCUAAGUCAUGGACCAGUUCUUCCCGGUGGCUAUCCGCCGCACCCCUAUCACAGGGCAGCUCCACCUCCCCUCCUGCCGCCGGGAAUGCCACUUCCCUACACAUCGGCGGCCUCCUUCCAAAGUCUCCUCGCCAACAUUUCGGCCGCGCAACGACCCAAGUUGGUGCGCACAUCGCCACCCCCACCGCCACCACCGGCGCCGGCGAUCACUCUGCCGCAUCCCCCGGCGCCACCGGCACCACCCCCGCCGCCCACGUCCACUUCGCCGCAGGGCUCGCCGACUGGCAGUGUCUCCGGCGCGCCCGACAUCGAUCGCAGGACCAAUAGCAUCGCAUCGCUCAGACUCAAGGCGAGGGAGUAUGAACUGCAUCUGGAAAUGCUGCGCAAAAAUGGAGAUCUCAUCAGCUGAAAUAGCAUUAUUUUCAUUUCGCUGUGAACAACUGAUAAGUGGACCUACCUUCCUUCGCGGGAUCGAAGGCUUUCUUUUCUUUGCAAGGGGCGAGGGGUUUUGGAAUUUUUUCUUCUUUUUUGAAUUGUUAUAAUGAUCUGCUCUCUAAAUUUGAAUCUGUUAAGAACUUAAAAAUAACGAAUUUAGAAGCAAAAAGUCAGACACUAAGGACCAGUUUCACAAAUACCGAUUAAAAGUUAAUCAAUGAUGAAAUCCUCAAUCAACCAAUCAUAAGCCGUUAAACUGGCUUUAAGCAUUGAUUAACUUUAAAUUGAGGUUGGUAGAAUUAUUCCUAAUUCAAGUAGUAAUAUUUCUACUGACAAGUAGUUAAAGAUAACUGAUGUUUCAGUAAAUUUUUUUUCACUGAUUCAAUUAGUCAAGUUUAACUAAGUUUUACGUUAUUUUUUUUUGACUGAAAAUGAGUUAUUUGUUUACUGAAAAUGAGUUAUUUUUUUAUAACUAUUUUUCACUGAAAAUCAGUUAUUUCGAACUGAUUUAGAAGCAAAAAGUCAGUCACUGAUUGUCAGUUAAAACCAUGAUUUUUCACCGAUUCAAAUUAAAUGAGUGAUGGUCCAAUUGACAAUUUCACGAUCUGACCAUCAAAUCGUGAUUGACCUACAGAUCAAGUUCUACUAUUUGACUUUCAUUUUCACUUCCAUUGUAAAAAAAAUUUAUUUUUACUUUCAUGAAUUUUUAUUUUUACUUUUACUUCUACUUGGAUAGAUUUUUACUUUCACUUUCAUUUUAGUUCUGACAGACCUUCGGAUGAUUCGACUUUUUUUCGACAAUUUUCAGAAAAGUCUUUUUUCGACUUUUUUCAACUUGUUUUCCAGAAAGUGCAAUUCAUUAUAAAACUGAAGUUCGCAACGUUUUUAAAAACGAAUUAAUUUCCAAGUUAAAUUCAUCUCUACUUUUUCUUUGUUCGUAAAUAUUUGAGAAAAUAAUUUUUUCCCAAAGAACAAAAUUACAUUAUUUUUUUAAUUUUUGUUCUCA